UCCACACUGAGCAUUCUCGAACCCAUUAUAAUUACUCUGAGCAACGUCUUGAGACCGACACCCACGCGGAUCGCGUUCGCUGUUGCUCGCGCACAUGAAUAUACAGGGUGAGCGUACGCGCAUAGCCGUUUACACUUUAGCAUUCGCGGUGGAUUAGUCAGUGCGUGCUCAGAUCUAAACGCACCUUAAGAUACCAUAAUUUUUACCCAUGCCUGUGCCAAUUCUUUUACCGUACGAUAUUUGCGUACCUUGGUGUUGGUAGCGCUGAACGUCUGUUAGUGACAGGACACAGAACUGUCACUUGAAGUGACACGUGCAUGACAUUUCCAUAUUUUUGAAAGUAUACAAAUCGUAUAUACUUUCUAGUUUUUAGCUGUAAAUUUAUAUCACAAAUCACUAGCUACAUUGAGAUGGUUGUUGAGGAAGAAAAUCAUAAUAAUGAAGAGAAAUCCAAGAAAGUUGAACAAGUAAAGCCUUUCACUCUGGAAAUAUUAAAAUUAAUUAAAGACUGCCAACAACAACAUGGAUUGCGGCAUGGUGACUACCAACGGUACCGAGGAUACUGCUCGCGUAGAAUUAGCAGGUUGCGUAAGGUACUCAAAGUCCCGCAAGGGGAUAAGAAACACUUCAAGAAGAGGGAUGUAACAGAAGCCCAUGUUAUGAACUCUAGAGCUGAUGAGAGAUUCUUGCAUAUACCACUGAUGUUAUCAGAGAGAUGCUGGGCUUAUGCUAUGCAACUGAGACAGGAGGCCAACACAGAGCCUAGGAAAAAGUUCCAUCUGGUGCAAAAGUUGAGAAAGGCUUGUGUCUUUGCUUUGCAGUUGGAUGAACUGUGUAAGGUGGACAGAUGUGAUGCAAGAACUAGGCUUGAGUCCCAAGCAUAUGUGUCUUGGAUUCAUGGCACUUUGCAAUUUGAACUGCAGCUAUGGCAGAAAGCCGCAGAAAAUUUCAAGCAAGCACAAAUUAUUUAUGAAAAACUAGCAUCUGCUUUGCCAGAAGAAGACCAAAUUCCUUACAAGCAAAGAGUGGAAGAAAUAGCUCCGAGUCUUAGAUAUUGUGCUUAUAAUAUUGGAGAUGAGAAGGCUGUGGACUUGUUAGAAUUGAGAAGCCAAGGUGUGCUGGAAACAUUUGAUGCUUUAGUGUCUCAAACCAAGGAGAAAACAGCAGCUGUACUACAUGAAGUCCUUUGGUUUGGCAUGAAGAUUCCAAUCAGAGUUGAACGAAUCCGUUUAUUCUUGGUUAGCAUUGAAGGCCUUGAUGACUCUUUAAAGCAUGCUGAAGACAAUCAGGCGAGAAUAAAGAUCCUAGAGAACUUGUUUAUUGAUCUGCGUGAUGUCAUUUCUCUGGCUAGAGACAGCGCUCGCACUGAAAAGCAAGAUCAGCUGCUUCUCUCAUACUUGUUAAGCAUCAGAAUAGAACGUACCUCACAGCGUAACUUGCUGCUUAUCAUGCAGACCAGGAAGCCUCAGGAUUGCGUCCGUCUCUUGGACAUCAACAUCCAACAGACUACCGAGUUGACCCAAAACGAGUCUAUUAAGGAUAAUGUAGAUGCCUAUAGGUACUAUGAGGGACAAUUGCGAGGUUAUCGCACGUUGAGGUCGUACUAUUUAGGCAAGGUGCAGGUUGCUCAGAAGAAGUGGAAGGAAGCAGCUGUGCUGUUUGAUUCAUCUUUUGAAACUGUUAAUAAGAUUAAUACAGCAAACUAUAUCUCAGAGUUGAAGGAACUUCUACAAAAAAUUAAGGACAAUGCUGCAGUGGAUACAGUUAACGCUCAGGCCAACUUUGUAUUGGAUCAGGAUGACCAACAGGGCAUCCAACUACCUCAGAAAGUCUACAAAAGUAAGAAGCCACUUGUGGAAAGAUUGGAUGAGUUCAGAGAGGAGCCCCAAUUGCUCUCCAAAAAUCCGAACCUUGUUCCGGUACCUCCGGCUAUGGAGCCAGUACCGGCCAAGCCACUGUUUUACGAUUUGGCACUUAAUUUUGUGGAGUUUCCCGAUUUGUCAGAAAAACUGGAAGGAGGACAGCCUAAGAAGCAACAAGGGGCUGGUAUAUCUGGAUUUGUUAAAGGGUUGUGGGGAUGGGGUAGCAAGAAGUAAAUUGUUUGUGUAUGGCAUAUUAAUUACAGCACUUUGAAAACAAUGUUUUUAAAUAUAUACUAUAUCUUAUAUCUACAAACAUCUUAGAAGUAGCAUAUAAUUCAUACAAUAAUGUCAUCUGUGUUUUAAAGUUUGUUGGUCUUCCUUUCUUACUAUUACCAGCCACUUUUAUGUGACACUGAUGCUACAAGCUACAAUAAAAAACAACAGUUUGUAAUGACAUAUUUAUUUUCACAAAAAAUCAUUUUAAAAUCGAAUAUUUUAACACAAAAGAAAUUUUAUAAUACUCGACUAUUUAAAAAUGUUUUAUAACACAAAAUGUUUCUAACAAUAAGUACGUAACAAUAGUUUUUAAAUGCAAAAAUGCAGGUAAAGAUAUCACAAUAAAAGACUUGAAGUAACAGUUUGGCCUUACAGGAAGCUUCAUCAUAACUCUUUCUCCAUGAAUAUCUCUUCUGAUUUAUCCUUCAGGUAACUAUAGAGUAUUUGUUGUUAGUUUUUCAGUAUAUAAAAAUAUUUUGAUACUAUACUAUUGCUACUAUAUUUUUAUAAAAGUAUAUGUAUAGGGCGAAUUUAAAUUACUUUUAUCAAGGGAUACAAAUGUUAAAUGUGACAAAAUAAGCUAGGAUAUGUAUUGGACAAUAUACAAUUUUUACAACUAGGUGCUGUUCUGAAGAUCGCAUAAACAAAGAACCCGGCAACACGCCUAUGAGAAAAGUGGUUUUGGUUAAUUUCGAUGAUUUUUUUGUUAUUCGUUUUGGCGUCCUUAAGGAAUGUACUAUUAGUCUAAUCAUAUUAGAUGAAAAUACCCCUGGUUUGCGAAAUAAUUGUAAAGUCUGGUUUUAUUGAUGCAAGUUGUUCAAGGGGGUAUUUUAAUGAUGGACGCAUAAAAUGGAAAACCUUUUUAUUCAACAACAAAGAAUGAGAAAAGGUUUUUUUUUGAGAUUCAAUGGAAAGUGUUGGCAGGAAAGAAAAAACUCUUCAAAUAAGAUUUUUAGGUAUUUAUGAGACCCACAGAAUGAGACCACACGUAAAAAGAUCCGACUAAUAGUAAAAAAGUUAUGUCCGAAAACCGAGGCAAGAUGCAGGUUUUCACACUUGGUAAUUCGACGAUAGUUUCAUGCAGAUACUUGAAAUUAUUCAAUUUCGUAGGCUUUAUACUUAUAAAUAAAGACAACAGAAUUGGAGUCGAUUGGUCAAGUAGCUUUUGCGAAUUUAAUUAAAAACAAGCACAAGCUGUUGUACACUUGUUGCGGACCCGUUUUGUAGCUGUACGUGUUGCUCAAUGGCACCGUGAGUUUAAUGGCCUGUGCCCAUAUGGACAUUUGCUAAGGACGACAAGAUGCAUAACUAAAAAGAAUCAGCGUUAUCAACCGAAAUAACUUUUUCUCAUAGGCGAGUUGCCGGGUGUUUUCUGAUAUAAUUUAACGACAAAAACCGUUCUAUUAAAGAUAUAUUUGUAAUUCAAAGUUGUCAUAAAUUCUGUACAACUUAUCUUUUUAAUGAGUGUGAAUUCUAAUUGAUAUAAAUUUAAGUAUUAUUUGUUCGCCUAAGCCUU